AUGUCCACCCAACAUAGAGACUCGACACUUCCAGACAUACCCGAAUUGGGUAUUAAAAUACCAUUAGCACCCCUAGCUAUCAAGGCCUUCUCCUUCGUCAAGAAACACUGCGACACAACGACCUACAAUCAUGCCGUUCGCUCGGCCUACUGGGCCCUGAUCAUAGCCCAAAAGGACCCUCGUUUUGUUGAUGUAGACCUGGGUCUGGUCGUGGUCAGCUGUAUCCUCCAUGACAUGGGAUGGGCUACAUCCGCAGAGCUUCUAUCCCAAGACAAGCGGUUUGAAGUCGACGGAGCAAAUAUCGCCAAAGCGUUUCUCAACGAGCAGGGAGAGAAGUCCCAGGGCGACAAUCAAACUGGAUUGUGGAGCGAGGCGAGACUUCAACGUGCUUGGGACGCAAUCGCACUGCACGCGACACCAUCUAUCGCCCAACACGCCGCAGCUGAGGUGGCCCUCACCAGCUCGGGGAUCACAGCAGACUUCCUCGGUCCCCAUCUUGACCUAGGGUCUGGACCAAACCUGAUUUCAGUGGAGGAAUACCGCACCGUGAUGAAACUCUUUCCACGCAGCGGAUUCACAUUUGAAGGUCUCAAGCGGACGAUGUGUGGACUGUGCAACGCGAAGCCAAGUACUACCUACGAUAAUUUCGUGGGCGAUUUCGGAACUCGCUUUGGUGUUGAUGGGAAAGGAUCGAGCCAAACCGAGUUUGCAAAGGAAGUAGAGAGGGCGAGGCCAACCAACUUCUUCAAGAUGGCUUUGGAUUCUCUUGAAGCUCUGGAUAAGAAGAUUUUGGCCAACGACGAUGAAGGGGUAUCAACCAACGAAUAA